UUGUAAUGUUUUCUGAACAUUUCUCAGGGGAAAAACUGACAGGUCUUGCUGUACAGAGGUUGUUUCAAGAAGAGGUACUUAGUCUUUGUCACAGUGGGUCAUAUAUGGGCAUUUGGCAAGUGGCAGCAUUAUCUAAUAUCCUUCAGACUGAUGUUGUGUCUGUUUACCCUCGAUAUGGAGGACAAACUGUGAGGAGUGACCUAAACAGAACAUUCGUGCCAUUUCAAAAAGCUGAACUGAACAAAAACAAAGUGUAUAUUAUGUGGAGCAAUCUUCAAGGAAACGGUCUACCAGAGAAAGAGUGGCACCCAAACCAUUUUGUGACACUCAUCAAAAUGUACCCGGCAGAAGAAAAAGAGACCAGCACAGUUAUAGCAGCCGAUGUAGAAGAGCUGUCACCAAUGGCCGAGUUUGAAGACAGUGAUGAUGACUCCUUUAAUGCCAGUCUGAUAAAUAGCAUCAUUAAUGAACUGAAUGUGGAGUCACCUAAUACGGAACCAGCAACAUCCUCACUAGCUGAGGAGCUACUAAUCCCAAAUUCCCAAGUCCAGGAGCAACCAAUCCCCAAGCAGUCAGACCUUGAGCAACCAGUUACCAAGCAGCCAGACCUAGAACAACCAGUCCCCAAGCAGCCAGACCUGAAGCAACCAGUUACUAAGCAGCCAGACCUGUCACCUUCAGAGGAACACCUGGAGCAACCAAUCCCCAAGCAGCCAGACUUGAAGGAAGCAGUCCCCAAGCAGCCAGACCUAGAACAACCAAUCCCCAAGAAGCCAGACUUAAAGGAAGCAGUCCCAAGCAGCCAGACCUAGAAC